CAAAUCUCCACCUGACAGUAACUCAACAAUCAAACCAGCCGUGGUCCUAAAGAUCAGCAUGUCAGCAUACUUAAUACAGAGACGUCUUCUCUUGCUUUUGUGUCUCCUGCUUCAUCUUAACUCUUCACUGGCUUAUUCACUGAAAGGCUGCGUCAUCAGUUAUUCUGAAGACGCCUCGGCUGAUGUUUCUUUGGACUGCUCAGGUCGUGAACUUGUUACUGUCCCUGAUGACAUCCCCAGAGAUGCAAGCUCAGUAAAACUCUCCAUCAAUCAGCUUGAACAGAUUAACAGGCAAGAUUUUGGCCACUUGUCAAAGCUGAGAAAUUUAUUCCUGCAGUUAAAUCAGAUUGCUCAUGUAGACGAUGGAUCUUUCACUAAUUUGGUGGCACUGACAAACCUCUACAUGAAUGAAAACAAACUCACCAGGCUGACAGGCAACAUCUUUCAGGGACUGUCCAACCUCACCACGCUUGACCUCGGAGGAAACAACAUUCAGUUCAUUCAUUCCUCUGCCUUUCAGUUCCUGUCCAGCUUACAGACUUUGUUACUGGAUGACAACAAUCUCCAACAAGUCACUGACAUUCAGCCCAUCUUACAGCUACCACACCUACAGGAGCUGAACAUUAGAGCAAAUCUAUUUACCUCCUUUCAGACCAAAGAUCUGCUGCUGAACAUGUCCUCAGGACUGAAGGUGUUAAAUGUUUCUGAUAAUGCUAAGUUAGAAAAGUUCAGCAUCACAACACAGAUCUUUCCUCACCUUGAGAUGAUAGACCUUUCUGACAGUGGUCGAGCUGCUGGCUUGAAAUGGGACAUACCUGACAAGACUUUACUAAGGAACAUAACUCAGCUGGAUUUCAGCGGCACUUUGAUUCCUUUUGAAGAGAUCCAAAAAGUCCUGCAGAGUCUUGACUCACUGAUGCAUCUGAGGCUGAAUUAUAUGCAGAAGUGGAUCAACAAAGGUCUCUUAGCUACAGUGUGCAAAAUAUCGACACUAAGGAGGCUGGACCUGUUGUACAACCAUAUUACCAAUGUAAGUUCAAAACUUGUAACUUGCUCUCAGCUUAAUGAACUCGACUUGUCCAACACUUACACGAGUGAGCUGCUAAAUGGCUCGAUGAGAUUGAUGAAGAGUCUGAGGUCCCUAACUCUAGACGUCAACUUCCUCCCCAAAGUGCCAGAUGACAUUAGGAGUCUCUCCUCCCUCGAGGUUCUACGUCUUAGUGCCAAUCGUAUCUCUGAGUUGACAUGUGAGGAUUUCAUAAACACAACGCGACUUACAGAGCUGCAUCUGGACUAUAACCGCAUUGCCAAACUGGAUGGGUGCGUAUUUGAAAAUCUUAAUGAUCUGAAGGUUUUAGAUAUGAGUAACAACUUGCUGUGGACAUUUGGAGGCGCCUUCAAAACAGGACUGCAGAAGCUUGAGUUCUUGAAUUUGAACAAACACUUUGUAUCAAUUCUUGAAAAUGGGGAUUUUCAAGGUUUAGGUUCCCUAAAAUAUUUGGAUCUGGCGUCAAAACAUAUUGGAAGUGUGAAAAGUAACGCUUUUGAUGGAUUGAACAACCUCAGAACUCUUACAGUGUCUCUUCCACUCAAGUUUGAAAAUGAAUUUGCAGAUUUACAACAAUUGGAAAAUCUCACGGUCUACUUCAGUAUUGACGGUGGCUUUAAGGGUCCUCAUUCAAACUUCUUUAAAACUAUGUUCCAUUUAAAAUCAUUGAAAGUUUUCACAAUGCUAUGCAUUAGUGAUCAAUCUGGCUUCCCCCUUGAUAUACCAAUGCAAAUUCUACAGACUAUGAAACAUUUAGAGGACUUCACAGCUGAGAAUUUAUAUAUUUCUGCUCCAGAUCCCGACACAUUUAGAAACAAUCCCCAGCUCAAGCGUCUGACACUCAGUCAGAAUGAUUUGUCAGAUUUGGGUCCUGAACUGUUUCAGCCAAUCCCAAACCUGCAGGCUCUCGAUCUCUCUUACAGUAAGCUCAAAUCUUUGGAUUUUCUGGCCCAGGCCGACCUGUCUGCACUCACAUUUUUAAAACUGAGUAACAGUAAGAUUACAGUGAUCAGUGAGACGGUCUUCCAGUCUCUCCCUGCACUCACAUAUCUGGACCUGGACAAUAAUCCUUUCACCUGUGACUGCUCUAAUGCCGGCUUUAUCCAAUGGGUGAAGAACAACAACCAAACUCAGGUUGUUAACGCCCAUAUGUACACCUGUUCCUUUCCUGUGGUGGAGCAAGGAAACAAGUUGCUGGACUUUGACAUCCAGUCCUGUUGGAUGGACGUCGGCUUCCUCUGCUUCAUUUGCAGCACUUGUCUGACUUUGCUAACUCUUCUCGCUGCCUUCGUCUUCCACUUUCUGAGGUGGCAGCUAGCCUACGCAUACUACCUCUUCCUGGCCUUCCUCUAUGAUAGCAGGAAGAAGAAGAAGAACGGAGCUCCUCACCAAUACGACGCCUUCAUCUCCUACAACGUUCACGACGAGGCCUGGGUUUACAGAGAGAUGCUUCCAGUGCUGGAAGGAGAGCAGGGCUGGAGGCUCUGUCUGCACCACAGAGACUUCCAACCAGGGAAGCCCAUCAUGGACAACAUCACAGACGCCAUCUAUGGCAGCAGGAAGACCAUCUGUGUGAUCAGCCAGCGCUACCUGCAGAGCGAGUGGUGCUCCAGAGAGAUCCAGAUGGCCAGCUUCCGCCUGUUUGACGAGCACAAGGACGUUCUGAUCCUGCUGUUUCUGGAGGAGAUCCCGGCCCAGCAGCUGUCUCCGUACUACCGCAUGAGGAAGCUGGUGAAGGGACGCACCUACCUGAGCUGGCCGCAGGCCGGCCAACACAAAGGAGUCUUCUGGCAGAACGUCAGCAGAGCUCUGGAGACCGGGGACGCUCCCACAGAGACCGCAGACCUCCUGACUGGACCGGCAGGAUGCUGAGUAUAUUACCGGACCUGCGAGGUUCCUUACAGUUGCAAUGAAAAACAAGAAGAGAAAGAGAAAAUAUAAGAGAUUCAGAUUCUCCUGAAAAUGAGUUUCUUGAGCUGGGACCACAUAUUGAGUUGCUGAAUAAGCAGAGAGUCAUAACUCAGUCAAAUAUGAGUUUUAAUCAUAAAGUUGUAAUGAAAUUUUCCAAAAUGUCAACAAAAAUAGGAUUAAAGAAAAACAACAUUCCACUUCCUUCUUUCCCCCAAAGCAUGAUGGAAGCUGUAGUCCCAGCUUGAAACUGUCCCAAAUAGAAAAGUUAGACUGUUAAAAACAAUCUGACAGACAGAAUCCAUGAAAAUAUUUAGCUCCUCUCAAAUGAAAUAUGAUGAAGAUAGAGGAGUCAUUGUUCUAUUAGCCCAAAUAUAAGAGGCUAUUGUAAUGUAGUGUCACUAAGUGUUGCAUUAUGGGUUGUUUGUAGAGCAGUCUACCCGAGGAAAUCAGGUCGGCUGAAUAUUAAAAUAAAUGAACUCUUUGAAAUCGCUGGUUAAAAGAGACUUUUAUUUAAGAGCCUUCACUGAUUCUACAUGAUUUUAUUUGAAGUAUAAUAAGUAUAUAUUCCUUAGUGUGUUUUGCUUUACCUGCCUUCAUCUUUUAACUGGUUGAAAUUGCUUAAAGUCAAUUAUUUAAUCACUUGUAUUUGAUUAUUUUAAAGCCCUUAUUAUAAGAUUCUUCUUAUUCUUUGUUGUUAGGUUAGUUUCUAGUGUUUCUGUCAGUCAGCCCUAAACGUGUUUGGUUAGUUCAAUUUACCCUGCAGGAGUUUCUGAGAGCUCGUAUAACAACGUGAUGCGUGAAAAUGAGUCUGAGGGCCCGUGUCCACCAAAGUGUGUUUUUCUGAUUCCUUUUUUCAAUUCAUUGCAAUGGGAGCGCCGUGUUUUUACACGCUGGUAAAAACGGCAGCAGCGUGACGAGGCGCUGAGCGUCUUUUUCGCGGUGGAUGCUGAGCGCUGAGCGUUUUUUUACGGUCACUGAGAGUCUAAAAUGUACAACUUCGGGAAAACACUGCGCUCAUCACUGUCACUUUUUACUUAGUCGUCCAAUCACAGCAGAGAAGGGCCGGGAAAAAUACCACACCGUAGCAACGGUUACUAUCUCUAUGAGAGGCCCAGAGCAAGUGCUCUGCUCUGUGUUGACAAGUCAGGUAGAACUACUUGCAACAUCACUUCCGGGGAUUUUAUGUAUCAUAGCAACCAAAGCAGUCGGAAAAAACGCCCCAUAGCGCUCCCUGCUGGGCGUUUUCAGCUGGCGAAAAACGCUUUGGUGGACACGGGCCCUAAAGCGUCUCCUUAGUGCAGAACCGGACCGUGGACUCAGGACAACAGUUACUGCUGUCAGAGGGGUAGGAGCUCAAACGGACUGAAAGAGGCUAACUGCCUUGACCACAGUAGGGCAUGCGAGUACGUGAGUGGUUAUCUUCUGCUUUAAUGGCAUUACAUCAUGUUUUCACUUCACUUUUACCAGACUUAGAGGGAAGUCUUUUUUCUCUGUAGGACAUGGUGACAUGGAUUAUAUAUUUAUUUAUUUCUCUGUAAAAUUAGGACUAAACUCCUGUUAUUUUUAUUAAGUGUAUCCACUCAAAUAGACAGUGGAAGUGGCUCAUGCAUUUUGGUUUCUUUUAUUUUUUUGCAGAUUUAUCGUUGAUCGGAUUUUCUGAAAAUUCCUGAUUCUAUCUGAUGUCUAAGCUUCUUUUCCAAAGUGCAAAGAUUGUAGCUAUUUUAUUUUAAUUCUUUUUGAAACUACUGUAGUUCCUCCUGUAGUUAAUGAAACGUAAAUGAGGAAAAAUGGAUUUGCUUAAAUUUUUCUCUAACCCUGUAGUUU